CCAGAGAACAUUUCGGUAAUCAAUUUCCCAACCACAAAUGAGUGAUACUGAGGUACUUGACUAUGAAACACGGGUUGAAAGAGAACCUGUUCGUGAAAGAGAUCGUGAUGAUGAUGUAAGAAUGGAACCUCAACCAUACCCACAAUAUCAACGUCCCCAAGGUCAUUUCCAAGAUCGCAGAAUUGACCAUAUAGGACUUCAGCCACAUAUUGACAGUGAGGAAGAUGUAUUGUAUGAAGUUAAGGAUGAUUCUACUUUCCAUGUUACUAGAGCUUUAUUCAUUGCUAAUUUAAGAAGACCGAUUAAUUCAGCUCAUUUUCAAGAAUACUUGAAAGGCUUGGCUCAAACUAGUGGUGGAUAUUUAAUUGAACGUGCAUGGUUGAACCGUGGAAGAACUCAUGCUAUAGUUUUGGUCAAUACUGAGGAAGGUGCUAGAACAUUGAGAUCUAAAUUGGUUGGCUCGAUUUAUCCACCAGAAGAAGAAGAUGCAAAAUUAAAACAAGAAUUUGAAAAUAUCGAAGUUGAAAGAUAUGAAAGUGAAGUAAGACAAUAUGAAGAUGCGUUAGCUCGUGCACAAGACGAGGAUGAAAAGCUGGCAAUUCAACCUCCAGUAGAACCUAGAAACAUUGCGGUAGAAAGACAUACCUUGUAUGUUGAUUAUAUUCCAGUCAAGGCAAUUAAUCAAUGGGUAUUUGAAGAAGACAAGGGACCAAGAGAUGGUAAAUGGAAAAUUGACUACGAAUUCAAAGGUGACGAAACUGUGGCCACUCAUACUCUUUUGAAUGGUGAUUUUAUUCCUAGGUAUCCUGGUCCCCCACCUCGCCGUUCCUACCGUCGAGGACCUCCACGUGAUUUCGAUUACCGUGAAGGACCCCCACCAUACAGAAACCACGGAAGACCCUACGGUAGACCACCUCCAAGAUUUAGAGGAGGAUAUGGAAGACCUAGAGGGGAGAGAGACUCGUACAUUCCAGGAGGAAAUAACGAUAGAUCUGACGAUAGAAGAAGUCGAAGAACCGACUCUUAUGAACCUUCAAGAAAUAGAGAAAGAUCAAGAUCUCCUUUGUAAAAUUAUAAGAACUAAGUUAUUAAAUACAUUUUUUCUUAGAUAAUAAGGUAUAUACUGUAAUUACACGUUUUUUACCAGUAGUUCUGGUUUGGGCCGUUUGGAAUCUUCAUUCUUCUCAACAGCCUCUCCAUUCUUUCUCUUUUUUGGUUCGUGUUCGCCCGUGUUUUCAUGUAGAUCUGCUGGUUGAUCUGAUGCAGGCUCUUCCCCUUCUUCUGCUUUCGUGCCAACUCCAUUCAGGUCAUGAAGCUUAGGCUCAAUUUCUAGAUUCUCUUCCACUUUAUUAUUAUUUUCAGAAUCAUUUUGACUCAACCAAGGUAUUUCAAUCAAAGGAAUAGUAGCAGCAGAUUGACCCACAACUUUAACUACAGGUUCGGUUUUCUCACCAUUUUCAUUGUCAGGUACAUUCACUUGAGGGAAGUCAUCUAUUGACGAAGAAACAAGAACCAAUUUCUUUAAAGAAUUGAAAUAUUUGACUAAUUUGGCAUUAUUGGCUAUGGAAUAGCCUUCUUUUUCUGGAUCGUUGAUCACUUCUGCGAUUCGAGUUAUGGUGAAUGGAGGACUUUGCUGGAAGAAAGCAUUGAUGUGACUCUUUAUUCUUUCAUGAUUUGAUUCAAUUGAUUUGACAAGUUCGUCGGUGUUUUCGUCUUCCCCAGAUUCUUGUUGAUUCUUGGCUAAGAUUACAAGUUGAUCUAGCCGAGUAAGGAGUUUUGGAAGAAUGUCCUUUUCCCAGGAAACUUCUGAUUUACUUUGGUCAAAGGUCUUGUUUUGUAUUAUAAGUGAAAAUUGAGCUUGAAGUUCGGAGUCCAAGGGCGGUAUGGUUCUGGUAAUCAUUGCUAGUUUAUGU